GCGUGCGUCCCCAGGGCGCGCGGAGAGAACGUCCCCGGAUCUCCGCAGCCUGCGUGCGUCCCCUGCGCGCGCGGAGAGAACGUCCCCAGGAGUCCGCAGCGCGCGCUCCCAGCGCCGGACGGGACAGCCGCGAGCCCCCACCGGGCCGCGAUGGAGCCGGCCGUGUCCCUGGCGGUGUGCGCGCUGCUCUUCUUGCUGUGGAUCCGGGUGAAGGGGCUGGAGUUCGUCAUCAUUCACCAGCGCUGGGUGUUCGUGUGCCUCUUUCUGCUGCCGCUGUCCUUCAUCUUCGACAUCUACUACUACCUGCGCGCCUGGGUGGUGUUCAGGCUCAACAGCGCGCCGCGGCAGCACCGGCAGCGGGUUCAGCACAUCCAGAAGCAGGUGCGGGAAUGGAAGGAGGAAGGAAGCAAGACCUUCAUGUGCACAGGCCGGCCUGGCUGGCUCACGGUGUCACUGCGCGUCGGAAAGUAUAAGAAAACCCACAAAAACAUCAUGAUCAACCUGAUGGACAUUCUGGAGGUGGACACCGAGCGGCAGAUUGUUUCUGUGGAGCCUUUGGUCACCAUGGGGCAGGUGACAGCCCUGCUGAAUUCUGUUGGCUGGACUCUGCCAGUUCUCCCAGAGUUGGAUGACCUCACAGUGGGAGGCCUGAUCAUGGGCACCGGCAUCGAGUCCUCGUCGCACAGGUUUGGGCUGUUCCAACACAUCUGCACGGCCUAUGAGCUAGUCCUGUCUGACGGGAGCUUCGUGCGGUGUACACCGACGGAGAACUCAGACCUGUUCUAUGCCGUGCCCUGGUCCUGCGGCACGUUGGGCUUCCUGGUGGCCGCCGAGAUCAGGAUCAUCCCCGCCAAGAAAUAUGUGAAGCUGCGGCUGGAGCCCGUGCACGGCCUGAAGGAGAUCUGCGCCAAGUUCACUGAGGAGUCCCAGCGCAAGGAGAACCAUUUUGUGGAAGGCCUGCUGUACUCCCUGGAGGAGGCGGUCAUAAUGACGGGAGUCAUGACAGACGACGUGGAGCCCAGCAAGCUGAACCGAAUUGGCAACUACUAUAAGCCCUGGUUCUUCAAGCACGUCGAGGAGUACCUGAAGAAGGACCAGAAGGGGCUGGAAUACAUCCCCCUGCGACACUAUUACCACCGGCACACGCGCAGCAUCUUCUGGGAACUCCAGGACAUCAUCCCCUUUGGUAACAAUCCCAUCUUCCGCUACCUGUUUGGCUGGCUGGUCCCUCCCAAGAUCUCCCUGCUGAAGCUGACUCAAGGCGAGACCCUGCGCAAACUAUACGAACAACACCACGUGGUGCAAGACAUGCUGGUGCCCAUGAAGGUGCUGGAGAGAGCCAUCCAGACCUUCCACAAUGACCUCCAUGUCUAUCCCAUCUGGCUGUGCCCGUUCAUCUUGCCCAGCCAGCCUGGCAUGGUCCACCCCAAGGGUGACGAGACGGAGCUCUACGUCGACAUCGGGGCCUAUGGAGAGCCGCAGGUGAAACACUUCGAAGCCAGGUCUUGCAUGAGGCAGAUGGAGAAGUUUGUCCGAAGUGUGCACGGGUUUCAGAUGCUGUAUGCCGACUGCUACAUGAACCGGGAGGAGUUCUGGGAGAUGUUUGACGGCUCUUUAUAUCACCAGCUUCGGAAGGAGCUGAACUGCAAGGAUGCCUUCCCAGAGGUGUUUGAUAAGAUCUGCAAGGCAGCCCGGCACUGAGCUCCGCCUGCCUGAGCCCCAGCCAGUGACCCCCUGCCUAGGGCCAGGUUCAGCCGCUCUGCCCGCCAGCCCACCCGCUCCGCCUUCUUUUAAAUAGCCUUUUUCUUACAAUGAAAAGGAUCUGCCUUUGCCUCCCAGCCCCCUGCCAGCAGGCCCAUGGAAAGACCCCAGACCCAGAGCUGGAUGGAAACACUUUGAAUAGCUCCUGACCAGUGCUUUCGAGGCUCAGGAAGGUGCCUUGGGGAGCCACCCCUGCAUGUGCCUGGUGGCCUCUGGCCAAGUGGCAUUUCCAGGGAGACAGAGGGGCUCCUGGUGGCUUGGGAGCCUUCUGUGGACAGCGGGGACUCCACCAAGGUCAGUGCCCCUCGGCUAGCUUCCUCCCGUCAUCUCUCCAAGCUCUCUCACCCAGGCAGCAUCGAAUGAAUGACCCCCCCCUCCCCAGCCCCCAGUCAAACCAUAUCCUUCCACAGACCCCACUUCGACCAUGCCCAGCCCCGUUAGGGUGGAGCCAGCCACCAGCACCUUGCACUUCGUGGGCACUUACUCGAUGCUUAGUGGGUCCCUGGUGGCUCCGACUCAGAGGGCUUGGGCAGGGGAGGCUCCAAACACUGCCGGUGCAUGACCGCACUGGCCCCUCUUCAGCCUCCUGAAGCCUGCCCUCAGCUCACGGGGCCUCCUGCUGGUCUUGCCUGUGGAGUCGAGAAGACAGCCCGGGGGCCUGAGUGAGGGGCUGAGAUGCUGCUUUGGGCCUGGGUGAGGACCCCAGCAUGACACCAACCAACAGUAUUAUCUCUCUGCUCCUCCAACCUCGAGUCGUCCUCCUCCCGCCCACUUCUGACGAAUGGCUGACUACGGUUCAUUUCAGUGCCUUACAAAAAUCCGGAGCCUGGCGAGAGCUUGGACUGGUUCUUGUCUCCCAAAGGCGUCCCGCCCUUGUCCUGAUUCGAGAAUACUUCAUCCUUAUUUAUGCAAAGCUCGUCUUAGGGUCUCCCUGGUACCAGUCAACUCCAGACUGGAUGGGGCUAAACUGUGCUGCAAGAUUAACUGGGGGUGUGCGAGCUGCGCCCAAGCCCUGGGUGUGGUCACAUAGUCCCUCUGGGCCUCAGUGUCCCCAUCUGCAAAACAAGGGCAUUGGACCAGAUGCCCCCCUAAGUUCUCUGAAGGCCGCAAGCACCACCUCAUUGUGUUUUGGGAGACCAACCUGGCAGGAUCCACUCACUUUUUCUUAGCUAAGUCAUCACCAACAGGGCCAGUGGUCAAGAAGCCCAGAAACAUGGUCCUAGCCAAAGGCUGGUGGGCACCCAUCUGGCUCAGCCGGCAGGGGCUCCACCCCGAGCUCUGGUCUGGUCUCGAUGCAUUCUGCCGUGUGUCUUAACCAUACGUUCUAUGCAUUGCUUAGGACAUCGUUGGCGCUCUGGUGGGAAGGGGAUGACCCUGGCCCCUAUGAGGACCUCCGCCCCUGGGCUGCUUGUUCCUGCGUCAGCCGAUGAUUCUACGUGGUGUAGAGGAGUGGUUAUCAGCAGGAGCGGAGUCCACCCUGGUGAGCCAGGCUUUGGCCCAUCACCGUCUGCAGCCUGCAGCGUGUGCAGGAGGAGGUGCCGCUGGGAAAAGCCCGUCCGUCUCAGAUGCUGCUGCCAUCUUGGAACUCCGCCAAGAGGUACAGCUCAGCCAAGGUGACCGCAGACCUCCAAGAGAGUCUGUGGGCCAUUGAGACUUGGAUAGCAGUUUGUUUUAGAAUUUGCCUCAGGUUCCAUUUCAUCUCAGUAUAACUCCCUGGGUGUCCUUGGACAAGUCACUUGGAGCAUCUUCUGUAGUGUAAGCUCCUCCAGCACCAGUGUUCUGCAAUUGAGUUUCCUUUUAGCUUUGGCAUUCUCUGUUCUAAGGGCUCUCCAGCUCUGACAUUCCUUGUUCUCAGGCCCCUCCCAGCUCUGCCAUCCCCUGUUCUCAGGCCUGUUCUAAGCCCCUCCCACCUCUGAUAUCCCAAGUCCUGAGGCCCCUCUGAGCCCUGACCUUCUAUCUUGGUUCAGUCUCUGGUAGUCCCUGCUCUGAACUCCCUUUUAGCUCAAGGGUGUUCUACCAUUUUGUGUUUCCAAGCUCCUUUUCACCUGACAUUCUCCAUUCUGUUCUGAUACAUAUUCAGGAAGCAAACGCAUUGCAUUAUGUUAGUUCCACAGUGAGCCAUCUUUGGGGAGUUGCCCUCUGACUUGUCCGUUAGCCUCAUGUCGAGUGGAGUCCAGACCUGGGGCAGAAAGCGUGUGUGUGAAGAGGGAGGCCGUGGCAGGGCCACUCCUCUGUUUCUUGUGACUGAUGUAAGAAUUUCAUUCUCUUUUGUGGCAAGAAAACGAGUAGCUGAAUUGUGGGUGUGAGGUGGGGGCAGGUACUGCUUAGAUUGUGGAGAGGUGGCAGGAGAGCUUGGGGGAGUCCCCUCCGGCGCCGCAGAGCCUGGGGAACCCUGGUGAAGCCAUCUCCCCAAUGUGUUUGUGUGGCUGUUGUCAAAAUAAAGUAACCCAGGAACCA